AUGUCAAGGAGCACAUCAAAUGGUAAAUCCAGCAGUUAUCAAUUACCCGUAGAUAGUAGAAGUAAACAAAACACUCAGACAUCCUCAAAAUCAAAUCGUGGUUCACUUCAUGCUCUCUCGGGGGCAUUAUAUCAUCGAGGAAAAUCUUUAAUAACAAAACGUGAAAAAAACAAUUCACAAUCAUCUACGAGAAGUAAAGCAACAGCAGCACGUCACCUAAUGGAAAAAUCUUCUACUUCUACCACAAAUUAUUAUCCAUCAAAAACGUCUUACAUACAACAACACCAUAAACAACAUCGUCCAUGUCCAUUCAAUGAUCCAAAUAUGUUUAAACAUUUAUUUAAACUAAAAACUGAAGAUAAUUUAACCGAAGCCAAUUUUCAUCAAAAUCAUUUAUGUGCAAAACCGAUAACAUGUCUAAAAGAUUUAUCAAUAGAUGAUCAAGAGAAAUUAAUUCAAAAAGAUUAUUUAACAUGUUCAUCGUUAAUUCCUGCUUAUUUAAGUACUAGAGAAAAUUUUGUCAAUGCUAUUAAAUUACAAACGGGUAUUAGUCAAAAUGGUGCGAUACAUUUGUCAAAUAUGUUAAGUAAAUGGGAAAAGUACUUUUUAUUUUGUGGUGAAGGUUCAAGAAUAAAAAAUGUUAUACAAUCAUUAUAG